GCUCCAUCUCGCUCGCUCGCUUUUCGCUGUGGAUUUCUAUUUUUUUUUUUUAUUGUAUUAAACAAAUCGCAAAAAUAGGUCUUUAAUGGCGGUGUAAUCGAAUCGUAGUUGUAAACAAAAACAAAUAAAAGGGGCGGGAAGUGCGAGACAACAUAAACAUUUGGGGAACUUCGCAUUUUGCAACAUGAGAGCGGUCAAUUAGCAAGUCAACAACAACAACAACAACAUGGCGCACCUGCACCUAAAUUCUUCAUGUUGACGUCAACAAAGUGAAAUCCGAUCAAGAAAUCGUAGCGAUCGCAGAGAAGGGACCGCCAUACGGAUUAUCGGGUGAAUAGGAAGCAUCGAGGAGGAGGAGGAUUACCACGAUCCCCAGGAUCAUCAGGAGCAGCAGAGUCCCCAGGAUCCCUAGAGUCCUUGGACUCCUCACCACACCAGGAUGUACUCCGAGUGGGCCUCGCUGUCUGCCCAAAUCACAGCCAACAGCUGCGGCGCCCAGUGCUUCAGUGUGCUCAACAAAUUCCCCGCCUCCGCCGGACGCGAAGUGGUCGUCUCCGUGGUCAAGCAGCUGGGCACCAAUCUGGGCAUCACGCAGAAUGCAGAGCCCAGUCACCUGGUCAAAGACGAAGAGGUAAAAUGGUGCAUGGACGUGAUCUGCUUCGGACUUUCGCUUCCUCUGCAGGAACACGAGACGAUCAAGGAUUGCGUGAAUGUGUACUGCGAGUGGCUGACGGCGCUGCAUCCGCAGCCCAGGAUCAGUGUACCGAAGCCGAUAUGCGAGGAUGCCAAUCUCUAUGCUCGCCAGAUCAUCAAUCACUUUCACAAUCUGUUUGUGCCGCGCCAGGGCGAAAGUGCAGAUACAAUUAAACGGCAGGCAGUGCUCUGCCAUCGGGUGCUACGAACUCUGCAGCAAACUGCUCAGAUAUCGCAGCUAAUGGAUCGGCAGACGUGGGACACGCUGCUUCUCUUUCUGCUGGCUAUCAAUGAGAUCCUGCUGGCGCCGCCCACCGUCAAGGACGAUGUGGGCGAUCAGCUGUGCGAGCGUGUGCUAUCCGUGCUCUUCGAGGUCUGGCUUCUGGCCUGCGUUCGCAGUUUUCCCUCACCGUCGAUGUGGAAGACGCUGCAGGAGUCGUGUGCCAUGUGGCGACACCGUGUAGCCCUCGUGGAUCAAUGGAAUCGAGUGAACUUGGCACUAACCGCUCGCCUGCUGGAGUUCAGCUAUGGUCCUGCGUUUCCACAGCUCAAGAAUGCCGACGAGGAUGGCCAGCUGAUACCAAUUGGAAUGUCCAACGACUGUGUGGCCCAGACUUGGUACCGCUUCCUGCGUAUGAUUGGCAAUCCCACGGCGCUCUGUUCACCACAUAUCAUCAGCAAAUCAUCACACUUUGUUCAGUGGGCGUUGACCCAUGAAAAGGGCGCCGAGACGCAUCAGCAUCCCUGCCUGCAACAACUGCCGCAGAUCUUCCUCAAUGCCAUGAAGGGAAUUUCCAGUCAAGUGGACGCUUUUCUAGGCGUUUAUCAGCCGCCGCCGCAGCAAACGGAUGGUGUAGUGACGAAUCUGCUGGAAAUACGGCACUCGCUCAACGAGGCCACCUCCUCGACCCUGCAGCAGUUCAUCCACUCGAGUAGCGCCACGAAUAUUGCGAACCAGCAGAAUCAGCCAGCCCAUCACCAUCAUCACCUCCACUAUCCGCAUUUGCAUUUACAUGGCGCUGGUAGCUUUCUGCGCGACAAUUUCAUGAGCAACUCGGCCAGCUCUGCUCUGAAUGCCAUAAUGGGUCACCAUGGCGGCCACCAUGGCCACCACCAUCAGCAGCAGCAGCAGCAGCAGCAGCAGCUCCAGAUAAGUGCCUCGCCCACCAGCAGCCUGACGACGAGCGGCAGCUCCGCCGUGGGCAGCACCAGUGCCGGUGGCAGUCACUCCGCCGGAGUCGUUGGCAGCAUAUCCUUUGGCGCCACUGAAUCGCCUGGACCGGGUCAGGCCUCUGCCUCUGCCACGCCCACACCGCCACUUCAGCGACGUCUGGCGAAAAGCUUCAGCGUAGCACCUACCAUCACACAACAGAAGGGCUUGAGCAAGACCUCGCUUAUUGGCCUCACCGGCGGUGGUGCACGCAACGCGAUCAGCAGCAGCAGCACCACCACCACCAAUGCCGGCAGCACGGGAGGAACGGGAUCGGGAGAUGGAUCCGCUCCUGCUCCGCUGCCCACAACUCCCACGUCCACGUCGGGUCCGCCGUCGGCGAGUAGCAGCAUCAACUCUCUGCCGUUGACUUCGAUGGGAGCGGGUGUCGAGCUGGCCGUGGCCAGACCCAAAUGCAACAGCAUUCUCCACGUAUUCCACGAGUGGCUCUUCGAGGCGGCGCACAUCGGAGGCGACACUUGGCGGCAAAAUCGUAAAAAGCAAGCAUGCGAGGCCAGUAAACGGCCAUCGUCGAUGAUAAUGGAGCACCGCAAGGGAUCGAUAUCGUUGUCGCAGCCCAACUCUCUGAACGAUCCGCAAUCGUUGCCACCCACGCUGACCAUCGACAAGUAUGAGUCCGGCCGAGCCGAGGCCAUUGGAACGCUGUGCAAGAUCUUCUGUGCAAAGAAGACGGGCGAGGAGAUUCUGCCCGUCUAUCUGGCCCGCUUCUACAUGGCAUUGCAGCAGUGCCUGAAGAUUACAGAGUCGCGGGAAUGCGACGAGACGUUGGCCAGCAUCCUGCUGCAUUCGAGUGACCUGUUUCGCCUGGACCUGGAUGGGAUUAAUGUGCUGCUGCCCGGUUUCAUUGCCGCCUUGGAAAUCGUACUGCCCGACAAGGACCUCAAGCUGAAGACGCAAUCGAUGGUCUUUAAUCGCACCGAAUUGCGCCGUUCGGCGAUUAACAUCCUGCUGUCCAUCAUGGUGCUGCCGUUGCACUACCAAACGCUGCCCAUUCGGGAUUUGACCUGCGAAUCGAGCGAGAAAAUGUUUACCUUCAUCCAACUGAAGUCGCGGCUCAUGAACAUCUUGAUGAAUGCCCUGCAGGUCGAGACGGAUGCCCAAAACACGCACAUGCUUCUGGGCGGCCUGCUGCUCUGCGUUCAGGAUGCCGUCACCUUCGAGGAGACGGAACUGGGCGGCGGCAAUGCCAAUCUCUCGCAGAACUCGAGUGGUGUGCAGCAUCAUGACGCCAAUCUACUGAGUUCGGCGUGCUCGGAGCGUUCCGCUUCGCUGGUCAGCGCUGGCACAGCCAGCUUGGGCGGUCAGACGACGGCCACCAUGGGAGCGGGAUCGGGCUCCAUUCGCGACACCGCCUCCGCCCACGACUACCCCAGUCUGACCAUAUCCGAUGACAUGUCAUUCGAGUUCGGCCAGGAACUGGAAGGGGUGACCACCUAUGAUAAUGCCCAUGCUCUAUUUGUGCGCGCCACGUAUUUGGUCUGCCAUCGUCUGAUCUCGUCGUGGAAGACGGAUCUGAAUGUUUCGCUGGCCGCCUUGGAGUUGCUGUCCGGCUUGGCCAGGUUACAUAUCCGGGAAACAGAGUGCAAGCGGGCCGUGAAGUGGAUCUGUGACUAUAUAUGCUACCAGUGCUCCCGUCCGCCGCCGGCGCAUAGCAAGGAUCUGCACAGCACCAUUGUGGCGGCCUUUCAGUGCACCGCCGCCUGGCUGAUGCAGCAUCCCUAUUUGCUGCAGGACAAGGAUUGCCUGCAAACGGUCCUCGAGGUGGUUGAGCUGGGCAUUUCGGGCACCAAGAGCCAGAGCAAGGGCACCGAUAUACCCAAAUUUAAGGACGAAAAGGAGCUAAAGCCCGCCUCGAUGAGAGUGCGAGAUGCUGCUGAGAAUCUGCUGACAAUUAUCCUCGAGCAAGUGGGCUAUUUCCCCAGCGAAUGCGGUCCAGAGUCCAUAUCCUCGCUAUUGGAUGAGCUGGCGCUCAUGAAGCACUGCAACUCUAUGGUGCCGGCGGCGGCGGCCAGCAGUGAGCAGGCCAUUGCCAAGUUUAAGUACUUUGUGACCGAGAACUCCACCAUAUUGGCACUGCUCGAGGAGCCGUUGGGCAAUGACCAGGAUCCCCAACCCACAGUGACUCUGCUCAUACGCGGUCCCUUUGGUCGACAUGCCUGGACCAUGCAGUUGCGUCAUCUGCCUCGCAGUAAGUCUGGGAUUAAGUACCAUGCCAUUAAUCCUGGCAGGCCCAUACCCAUGAACGAUGUGACGCAACGGCUGGAUAGCGAGCAAAAGAACUUUCCCGACGGCGUGGACAAAGUGCAACCGUGUGUGGCGGACUACUCUAUACCCACCAUCGAACAAAUGCGCGAGCAAUACGGCACUGCUGUCAUACGGGAGCUGGAGUCGUUGCUGGAGAACCAGAGCAUUCACGAGAAACUGGCCUGGGCGGAGGCGGACACCAGUGCGGAUAGUUUGUCGCAUGCCCAAGAAUGUGUGCCGCCAACGGUGUGCCACGAGUUCCAUGCGGCGCGUCUAUUUCUCUCACAUUUUGGUUUUCUGGGAUUCGAGACGCGGAAUCCACAGAAUCCAGCUGAGGCACUGGGCAAUCCGCCACAGCGACCGCUAAUCGUGCUGGACACCAAGUCCGCAGCCUUCGCCGCCGAUCUGGAUCGUUUGGACAAGCUGAGUGCGAGGACGCACGACAGCGUUUAUGUGUUCUAUGUGAAGAGUGGCCAAACGAGUGCCCAGCAGAUUAUCGCCAAUAUGGGCGAGGAAUCGUCUGCCAGCCAUGAUCCGCACUUCGCUAGCAUGCUGCAAACGCUGGGCUGGCCGGUUCAGGUUUCAGAACACUCUGGCUGGACGGGCUUUGCCCACAACUCGUGGUCACUCAAGGGAACGCCCGAGGAGCAGCUAAAGUCCACUGCCAACGAGCUGAACUAUAAUGGAUCACAGAGGGUGCUCUACUGGGCGGAUGUGUCAUCGGAAAUCGCCUUCGUGGUGCCCACGACAUGGAAUCUGCGUUACAAUAGCGACACUUGCGAUAGUGGAAGUAUCUCGAGCACGGAUCAGAUUGGCUCCAGCAAUGUCUGGACACGCGGAGAGGCCGAUAGUGCGGCUGGCCUGGCAAAAUCCAAGUCAAGGAAUCUUAGCCUAGAACUCGACACGAAUCGCAGGGAUGUAAAGGAGCCAGUUCCGCCGACGCGACGAAAAGGAAAUGUGACGAAACCCACACUAUUGGCCCAGGCGCCGGCCAAAAUCUUUUUGGUGUGGCUGGAGAGCUAUGAGGAUUACCUAAACUUUCCGCUCGAGGAUCUGCUAGCCUAUACACGCACUGGCGAGGAGCUGCAGACGCAACAGUUGCCUCGCGCCUCCGACUGUCACGUGAUCUUCGUGCAUUCGUUGCUCUCGGGACUUCUGAGAGUAAAGUUGCAGGGUCCACCGGGAAGGAUGAGCUUUGCCACGCCCCUGGUCGAUGGCAUGGUCCUGAGCCGGCGGGUAGUCGGAAAUCUGGUUCGACAAACGGCAUUGAACAUAUCACGCCGCCGGCGUCUGGACAAUGAUAACUACCAACCGCCUCAUGUGCGACGACGACUCAAGGUGCAGGACAUUGUCCAGAAGUACAAAAUGGAUCUGAGCGAGGCCGAUCUGUUGGCCCAUCUGUUCCAACGCGCAAUUUAGCCGGCUAUCGGAAGUAUUAUUAACCCGCUACCUAGUUUAAGAGCCAGAGAAGUGGUCUUUUCUAUAUUCUGUAUUAACGUGUGCUUAACUAAAACCCCAAAACAAAACUGAUCCAUAAUCGGUGUCCACUGAGUGUUACCCGAUUGAUUAUCGUAUGCUAAUUAUUAUUUAUUGCUAAUAAAUCGAAUUAUACUUUGUAAAAGUAUUUGUAAUAUUAUAAGCCAUGCGUUUUUCGCCUCCGUUUUGGGCAAUCCGUUCAAGCUAUGCUGGUAGUGGAAACAAUGGCUCUCCAUGUGUAUUCACAUAAUUGGCAGCCACAUCCGAAAUCAAUUUUGUCCACAGCAUGUGGGUACGAUUCGAGAUGAUCGCGUGAGGAGCAAAUGAAAGCAAG